AUGCGAAUGCGAACAUCUGUCAUCGAUAUUAGCGAAUGCGAAUAUCUGCCGCCAAUAUCCGCGAAUGAGAACAUGUCAUCGACAUUCAAGGAUGUGAAUAUCUGCGAAUGCGUACAUCUGUCAUCGAUAUUCACGAAUGCGAACAUGUCAGCGAUAUUCGCGAAUGCGAAAAUGUGGGAAUGCGUUAAAUCUGUAGACGAUAUUCACGAAUGCGAAUGCAAACACAAUGUCAGAUGCAUUAAAUACGAAGAAAAGGAAAUUAUGGAAAUGUGAGAGGAUGAUUGAAGCAGUUUUAACAGUUAAGGAGAAAAAAAUGGGCUAUUUAAAGGCUUUAAAGGAGUUUAAUGUCCCGAGAACGAC